AUGUCUUAUGGCGACUCGCUCAAUGGGAGCCGAAAUGACCUUUCUGUGCCGACUGAAGACGAGACCGAUGCAGUCGAGAGCGAAUAUUCCUACAAGCAGAUACGACGAACCACCAAUGUUUACGACGCUGUUGCUGGCAGAGUGAACCGGAAGGGACAUCAUCCCAAUGAAGCCUUUGCUUCUCGGUAUCGCGACACCGCAUCCUCAGGAGCUCGAUCUCUCCGGCCCGAGGAGGUUUUGUUCCGUGCGCAAAAUAACUUGAUCGACUUUGACGAGAAAGAAUAUUUCGCGCAUGAGCGUUUGCAAACCCAAAAUGUGCUGCCGAGCUCCGACGUUCUUGAAGCGCUCCACGCCUACGCCGCUGACUUUUACGAAUUUGCGACAGAGGACCAUGGCCUCCACGACCACCACAGCAUGGACGAGACAGCCUUGAUCGCAUUCGGUAUACUCGUGGAGGAAAUGGCAAAGGAAGCACUGGGAGAGACAGGAGACCUUGUUCUCAUCGAGGGUGAAGAAGUCAGCGAUACUUUCGAUGGGCCGGCCCCACAAAGGAACGCCGCAUCUUCAUCCCGAUCGCGAGAUUCGAGUCAACGGAGAAAAAGGCCGCACCCUAUGCCCGCGGCCGUGCAAGGCCCUCAAGAACCCCCCAAGGACGUUGAGCCCAAGAAGAAGAAGCGGCGAAAACUGAGAAGCAGAUCAGCGCUUACGGACGCCGACACCGAGUUUGAUGAACGGUGA